CCAACUCUUUCAAAACCUCAACCCUCACGCGCCUUGCCCUGCCCUGUUCCACCCCAGCCAGCACCCUCUUGCCCACCCCCAUUGGCGGCCUGGCCCUCGGGGAGAUCGUCGGCCAUGCUUCCCCAUUUCCUUGCUUCUUCGCGGGGCGGGGCGGGGGGGUCCUGUCGCCCCCUUUCGGCCGGAACCAGCGAUCGUCGCAAUAAACACACACAGACACGGCCGACCGGAAGCGAGGGGUGGUGCGCAGGCAAAGGACGCCCGCACGCGCAGCACACGCACGCACGCACACACGCUUACACCCACAUGGCUCGGGCUACGACCUUGCCCGCCUGCCCUGGUCGGGUCGUCGCCGGCGCGCGCGCGCGCGCGCUCAUGUGCGACCUAUCGAUGUCGGCGGAGAGAGAGUGUGCGCGCGCAACCCGGCGACCUCGAACAGCCCGCCUCGGUCUGGGAUCCGGUGCCAUCGCCUUGUCUUUUGCCCUCUCGAUCCUCUAUACUAUCUGCUCUGGGGAAGGCGUCGGGUCACGAGCGAGACGGGAAGAGGGGCCGGCCACCAUCGGGGCCAACGUGCCGUCUCUUCCAUGCGACAGGGUGAUGCUAUCAAAACUCGAGGCAGGUGCCUUGCUUUUAAAGUCGACUGCUUCCGCACGACGAGAGGGGGGGCCUACACCACCCAUCUCGGCCAGCUCGUGAAGUCUACGGCCAGACGACGAGACGAACUCGGGGGUAUCAGGAUGGCCGUCUUCCGACCCCUCGGCGCGGGCCACCGUGCAUCGCCAGGGCACGGUGGCAUCUUCUCCAUGCUCACGCUUGUGCUCCUACCACUCCUCUUCUUCAGCACCUUCGCCCGCGGCGCCACCGCACCCGGCGACAAGUACCUCGUCGGCGUGGGCAAGGCCGACAUUACCGGCCCGGUCGUCGAGGUUGGCUUCGCCGGCUACGCGAACACGGACCAGGUCGGCACCGGUCUGCGCCAGCGGCUCCAUAGCAGGGCCUUUAUCGUCGCCGACGUCAAGAACCCCAAGGAUCGCUUCGUCUACCUGGUGCUGGACGCGCAGUCGGGAGACACGGCCGUGCGGUACGGCGUCCUUGAUGGCCUCAAGGCUCUCGGCAGCGAGUAUGAUGUUUACGGCCACAACAAUCUCGCCCUGACUGGCACGCACAGCCAUGCCGGCCCCGGUGCCUGGUUCAACUACCUGCUGCCCCAGGUCACGACUCUUGGCUUCAACGAGCAGAGCUACCAGGCCCUAGUUGACGGUGCCGUGUUGUCCAUUAAGCGUGCUCACGAGAGCUUGCAGGAGGGCUACCUAGAUGUCGGCACGACGGUCAUCAAGGACGGAGCCAUUAACCGCUCGCUCUGGGCCUACAUGGCCAAUCCCAAAGAGGAACGAGACAAGUACGAUGCCGAGACCGAUACCACGAUGACCCUGCUGCGCUUCCGGCGUGCGUCAGACGGCAAGAAUGUGGGAGUUCUCACCUGGUUCCCCGUCCACGGUACCUCACUCCUAGGUAAUAACACCCAUGCUGCGGCGGACAAUAAGGGCGUGGCGGCGUGGAUGCUCGAGGAAGCCGUCAAGGGUGAUAGCUCGACCGCCGAUGGGUUCGUGGCGGGCUUCAGCCAGGCCAACGUCGGGGAUACAACGCCCAACGUCCUCGGGGCGUACUGCGACGACGGCUCCGGGCAGCAGUGCAGCUUGGAGAACAGCACCUGUGCGGACGGGAAGUCGCAGAGCUGUCACGGCCGCGGCCCCGAGUUUCGGGCCGUCGACCUCGGCGUCAAGAGCUGUUACGAAAUGGGUCGCCGACAGUAUGCCGGGGCCAAGACUAUCUAUGACUCUCUGGACUCGUCAGGGACGCCCAUUGUGGGCUCCACGGUCAAAGCCUUCCACUUCUUCCACGACAUGAGGUUCUGGGAGUUCACGCUGCCCAACGGCAAGACGGGCAAGACGUGCCCUGCCGCGCUGGGAUACUCGUUUGCCGCCGGCACGUCGGACUGGCCUGGCGCGUUUGACUUCACGCAGGGCGACUCGGGCGAGCCUAACGCGAAUCCCAUAUGGAAGGUCGUGUCGGGUCUGCUGAGGACUCCCUCCGCGGAGCAAAAGGAAUGCCAAGGCUCCAAGCCCAUCCUUCUCGACGUCGGCGAGAUGGAUGUCCCGUACGCCUGGACCCCCAACAUUGUCGACGUGCAGACGCUCCGCGUGGGCCAGCUCCUCAUCGUCGUCAGCCCCAGCGAGGCCACGACGAUGAGCGGCCGCCGGUGGAAGGCUGCAGUGGCCCGGGAGGCGGCCACGUUCCUCGACAAGGACCCCAUUGUGGUGCUCGGCGGGCCGGCCAACAGCUACUCGCACUACUGUGCGACGCCCGAGGAGUACGAAGUCCAGCGCUACGAGGGCGCCUCGACGCUCUUCGGCCCGCACGAGCUCGACGCCUACAUCAACCUCACGGUCAGCAACAUGCACUACCUCCGCCCGGACGCGACGAUUACGCCCGCCCAAGGCACGCUGCCGCCCGACAACCGCGGCAAGUCGCUGUCCUUUAUCCCCGGCGUCGUGCAGGACAACCACCCGCCCAGCUCCGACUUCGGCCACGCCAUCCGCCAGCCCGCCGCGUCGUACCAGGUCGGCGCCGUCGUCAACGUCACCUUUCAGGGCGCCAACCCGCGCAACAACCUGCGCCUCGAGGGCACCUACGCUGCCGUGGAGCGGCAAGGCGGCGGUGGCGACGAUGACUGGACCCAGGUGGCCGACGACAACGACUGGUUCCUCGUGUACACGUGGCGGCGGACGAAUUGGCUGCUAGGGUACAGCGAGGUCGACAUUACAUGGGAGACGACGUCGGGCAACGCGAAGCCCGGCACCUACCGCCUCAGGUACUAUGGCGACGCGAAGCCCCUGAUUGGCAGCGUCAAGUCGUUUGAAGGCACGAGCAGCCCCUUUAAGCUGACGUAGAGGAUGAGCUUGGGUAGUGGUGGUGCCGGCGGCGGCGGCGGUAGCUGCUGGAUGUGAGGCUACAUGUACAUAGGGAGAUGGAUGGUGCUUGAACAUCUGUGCUAUUGUUGCUGCGCUGGCAGGUGGGGGGGCGGCAACGACGAGAAUACCGAGGAUAUACGGAGCACCGUACUAAAGUACGUACGUACAGUAGACUGUACGAGGUUAAUUAUGACAAUUUUG